AACAUUUCCCACCAACCAAAAAUAACACCUCAAUUGACAAUAUGAUAUCCACCUCUACACUUUUCAAAGCCACAAUCUGCAUCUUUUUGCUAGCCAUUUCUCUAGAAUGUUCUAACGGGACACGCGUCCUACUAGACACGACAAGCGACGUAACGCCUGUGGCCCCGUUGUCAACCAAUGAGCCUGAUACAAGUGGUCCGAUAGACGAGGAUGACACCCCGGUGGAAGAUCCAACACCUACAUUACCAAGUGGUCAAAUUCCUGCCACUGUUGCACCUGCACCAGUAGUAGGUCCCACCACUACAUUACCUACUAAAGUAGCACCUGUUCCUGUUGCUGUUGCCCCAGUGGCCACCCCGGUUGGUGUAACACCUAAAGGAGGGUCAGGUGCUACACCGAUCGGAGGGUCAGGUGCAACAGGGAGCGGUGGUGUUGGUAUUGGUGGGGAACACCCGACUUUGAGUUUCUUUAUGCAUGAUGUUCUAGGAGGGUCUCAUGCUACAAGUAGGGUGGUUACCGGAAUUGUAGCGACUUCAAGCGCUAACGCAGUUCCUUUCUCCACGCCAAACAGCCAAGUCUUUCCGAUCACUGGUGGCGUGCCGUUAAACAACAUUAACGGCAUAGUGAAUAACAACAAUGUUCCAUUUUUAGCCGGUUUCAACGGUAACAGCCCAAAUAAUCCCAACUCCAACACGGUCCUCCAAAACACGGGGAACAACAACGUUCAAAACGGUGGAAACAACCUGCCAUUCGUCGCAGCCGGUCAGCUUCCCGCUGGCAUAACACUCCAACAACUCAUGUUCGGGUCAAUCACCGUUAUCGACAAUGAAAUAACCGAAGGACACGAGCUUGGUACGGGUGUCCUAGGCCGAGGCCAAGGUUUCUACCUUGCAAGCUCAUUGGAUGGGAGCAGCCACACAUUUGCACUAACAACUCUAUUUCAUGGUAGUGACCAUGAGGUGGAUGAUACAAUAAGCUUUUUCGGGGUCCAUCGGACCGCUUCGGAGAUAUCACACAUUGCGGUUAUCGGUGGGACGGGGAAGUACGAGGAGGCCAAAGGGUAUGCGACCAUUGAGAGUCUUCCUCAGGUGGAUGAACACACAACUGAUGGUGUUGAAACCAUUGUCCAUGUUAAUGUGUAUCUUACGACACCAUAGACCGUUACAUUCUCUAUAAGUUUGUGUGAUGUGAUUUAGCUUGUGCUUGUAGUACUUUCUGCUUUAUUUGUUGUACCUUGGAGUGGUCUGUAAUCAUAUUGUGUUAUUUUUCGAUUUACAAAUAUAACAUGAGUUAUUUAUGCACAA